AUGAGUUUCGCUUCUAAGUUAAUUACAUUAGGCGCUGGUAUUUCAGGUCUCGGAUUUUUCGUUGGUAGAUUUUUCUUCACUAUCGAUGCUGGUGAAAGAGCCAUUAUGUUCGAUAGAGCAAACGGUGGUAUUAAAGAAAAGAUCUAUGGUGAAGGAAUGCAUUUUUAUAUUCCAUUUUUUUAGAAACCCAUCACUUUUGCCAUUAGAUUGCAAAGCAAGACUAUCACUUCUCAAACUGGUACAAAGGAUUUACAAACUGUCGAUAUAGCUCUUAGAUUAUUAUUUAGACCCGUAGAAAGCUAACUCCCUAAUAUUUAUUUAAAGUUGGGAACUGAUUACGAUGAGAGAAUUUUACCUUCAGUCGGUAAGGAAACUUUAAAAAGUGUUAUUGCCCAAUACGAUGCUGAUCAAAUUUUGAAGCAAAGAGAAAGAAUUUCAUAAGAAAUUAGAUAAUAAAUCAUCCAAAACGCCAAGGAAUUUAAUAUUAUAUUAGACGAUGUCUCCUUCAUUCAUCUUGGUUUUAUGAAAGAAUAUGCUAAUGCUAUUGAAUAGAAGUAAGUUGCCUAACAAAACGUCGAAAGAUAAAGAUAUAUUGUUGAUAGAGAUGAAUAAGAAAAGUAAGCAUAAAUUAUUAAAUCUGAAGGUGAAGCAGAAGCUGCUAUUAUGAUUAACAAGGCUGUCAAGCAAUUCGGUGCUGCUCAAAUUGAACUUAAGAGACUUGAAGCUGCUAAGAAUAUUGCCGAAACUUUAUCCAAAUCUCAAAACAUAUCUUUUGUUCCUUCAGGAGCAGGUCAAGGUGGCAAUGGAUUAUUGUUAAAUGUUAGAGUUUGA